CCAUUUUCGCAUUCCACAUCUCUUCUUCUCUUCUUCUCUUCUUCACCAACCUCUCCUCGUCUCCGGCCCCCACUCUACAUUAAUACAAGACACCCACCUUCCGCUCCAUUACUUCUCUCCUCCAACCUUUCCAUGCUGCAGCAGUAGUAUCUCUAAGCAGAACAGAAAUUAGUAGAGUCAAAAACGGCUGAUCUGAUACCAGGCAGAAGUAGUGAUGCCAGGACAACGUAGAUUUGCUGUUGGAGGGUCUGAAGAGGCUACUCACCCAGAAUCCCUGCGAGCCACCUUGGCUGAGUUCGUCUCCACCACAAUGUUCGUCUUUGCAGGAGAAGGCUCUGUCCUCGCUCUAGGUAAGUUAUACGGAAGCCCUGGAGUAAGCUCUGCGUCUGGGCUGGUGGCAGUGGCGGUGGCGCAUGCGUUCGCCCUCUUCGUGGCCGUGUCGAUUGCGAGCAACAUAUCGGGAGGUCAUGUCAACCCGGCUGUCACUUUGGGUGCGCUCGUGGGCGGACGGAUCACGCUGCUGCGCGCCUUGCUCUUCUGGGUGGCUCAGCUUCUAGGGGCGAUUGUGGCAGCUCUGUUGCUAAGGUUCACGACGGAUGACAUGAGACCGGUUGGGUUUGCGGUGGGACACGGCAUUGGGGAAUGGCAUGCGCUUGUUCUUGAGAUUGUGAUGACUUUUGGGCUGGUUUACACUGUAUAUGCAACGGCCAUUGAUCCCAAGAGAGGUAGUCUGGGCACCAUCGCGCCGCUGGCCAUUGGGCUCAUUGUGGGUGCAAACAUACUUGCCGGCGGACCCUUUGAUGGUGCGUCCAUGAAUCCAGCCCGCGCCUUUGGCCCUGCGCUUGUUGGGUGGCGCUGGAAAAACCACUGGAUCUAUUGGAUAGGACCCCUCGUCGGUGCAGCAUUAGCAGGUCUCGUGUAUGAGUUUGUCAUGAUCCCACAACCCAACCCUCACCAGCCUUUGCCGUCGGAAGAUUACUAGUGAAUGAUGCAUGCUGUUCACUUUUCAGUUAUCUCCGUUUGUCUUCUGGAGUAUGUAUUUGGGUCUCUGGGAUUGGUGACUAGUAAUUUAAUUGUAAUAAAAUGCCACCGUCCAGUUGUCUUAUU